AUGCGACACCACCUAUUAGGAGAAGAACAAGAAGAGGAAGAAGAAGAGGACAAAUCAAAUUCAUCCCCCUCUUUAUUAUCCAAUACAUUCAAUGAUAGUAGCAGUAGUAGUAGGAGUAGUAGUAGACGAAUAGAUAGUAUUAGUCAACAUGUGGAAGAAGAUGAGGAGGAGGAAGAGGAUGAAGAUAAAGAUGAGGAAAGAAUUCAUUUAGUUUCUCCUUAUUCAUCCAUUUCCUCUUCUUCCAGUCUUCAGAAUAAUAAUAAUAAUAAUAAUAUAAUAGAACAAAUAUAUACUUCAAUAGGAGGAGGUAGUAUUUUAACAAAUAUGAUUGAAAACGACGAAAAGAACCAUUCUCCAUCCUCUUCAUUAUCAUCACCCGAUGAUCACCAAUUUCACAAAGAUGAUCCAGCUGAUACCGCCAGCGAUAUUGCCAUUGAUUUAAAAAAAUCAAAUCAACUUGAUUCCUCUCAACAACAACAAAAGCAACACACCAAAUUCUUUGAACCUCCUUUUCCACCUAUUCGCGAUCCAAAUCAUUUCCGUUAUGUAUCUUUGAUUUGGGGUUCACUAGUCAUCUUAAUCUCUGGUACACUUUAUGGUUUCAGUGUUGUAUCCAAUGAAGUUAAACAUAAAUUAGGUUAUUCUCAAACUGAAAUUAAUCAAGCCAUUUCACUUGGUGAUGUUGGAAUAUAUGUAGGAGUAACAGUUGGAUAUUUAUAUGAUAGAACAGGACCAUUUUAUACAUGUUUGAUAGCAACUGGAUUCUAUUUAUUGGGAUAUUUUGGGUGUUAUGGAGUUGUACAAGGUGCAUUACCAUCACAUCCACUGUUACUUUCAUUCUUUUUAUUUAUAGUUGGUCAAGGUUCACAUGCAUCAUUUACAGCUGCCGUAGUAUCAAAUGUUUAUAACUUUCCAUUACGUCAUCAUGGAAAGAUUAGUGGUCUCUUGGUAGGAUUCUUUGCUAUAUCCUCUGGUAUAUUUAGUGGUAUCUACAAAGGAACAUUUAAAAAACAUCAAGAUGUAGAUGGUUACUUUAUGUUUUUAGCAUUGUUACUUGCCAGUGUAUCGCUUGUUGGUGCAUUCCUCGUUAGAAAAAUUGGAACCAAACAAAUUGAACAAUCCAUUCAAGAAACUUCACCUACUUCAAGUUAUGAAUUACUUAGACGUAGUAAAUUAAUUCAAAGUAGUUCUCAAUCCAACUUGGGCUUGGGUACUACUACUACUACUACUACCACCACUGCAACUGAAAUGGAUCAACAACCAUCAUCAUUGGAAGAAGAUGGAAUUAAAUUAGGACCAAAUUAUUUAGAUGGUAAAAGAGAUAUUAGUGGAUUAGAGUUAUUCAAAACACUAGAGUUUUGGUUAUUCGUGACGAUUUACUUUUUUGGUGCUGGUACAAGUUUAAUGUUACUUAAUAAUAUUGGGUCGAUUGCGCUGUCUCUUGGCUACAAGGAAUCGAUUCAAAGUGAUCUAGUCAUUGUAUUUGCUUGUUCAAAUCUAGUUGGUAGAUUAUCUUUUGGUUUAUUAUCGGAUCUAUUGUCAAAAAGAGUUUCAAGAUUUUGGUUCCUAGUACUAUCAAGUUUAAUCUUGACAAUUACACAUUUUGUAUUUGCAUUUGCAAAACAAGUAUUUGUAGUAGUCACCAUUUUAACGGGUGUUGGGUAUGGUGGAUUAGUGUCAAUGAUGGUGUCAUUGGCAACGAUUAGAUUCGGGUCAAGAAGAUUUGGAUUGAAUUUUGGGUUAAUGGCAUUGGCAUCGGCAGCUGGUAGUUUGGCAUUUGGAUACAUAUCUGGUGCCCUUUAUGAUUCAAUGGCCGAUAGUCAACACCAAUGUUACGGUAUCAAAUGUUUUAGAUCAAGUUUCUUAAUCUCUGUUGCAUUUAAUGGUGCUUCUAUUUUUGUUGGUCUAUUCUUAAUUUAUAUUACUAAAAGAAAUCAAUCUCGUUAUAUUGCUAAAACGAUAAUAAAUUAA